AUGAGCAAGAUCAGCGACUCGGUGAAGCAGGCCCGGAGCGCGUUCAAUUCAGGUCGGACGCGCCCGCUGCAGUUCCGGAUCCAGCAGCUGGAGGCGCUGCAGCGCAUGGUCAAGGAGCGCCAGACUGACAUCGUGGACGCGCUGGCUGCCGACCUGCACAAGAAUGAGUGGACUGCCUACUACGAGGAGAUAGAGCAUGUCAUGGAUGAAAUUGAGAACACGGUCAAGAAUCUCACAGAGUGGGCUGCUGAUGAGCCCGUGGCGAAGACUCGUCAGACCCAGCAGGAUGAAGCCUACAUCCACUCGGAGCCCUUGGGUGUGGUUCUCAUCAUCGGUGCCUGGAACUACCCCUUCAACCUCACCAUCCAGCCCAUGGUGGGCGCCAUUGCUGCAGGAAAUGCAGUGGUCCUCAAGCCUUCAGAGGUGAGCGAGAACAUGGCCAUCCUGCUGGCUACCAUCAUUCCUCAGUACCUGGACAAGGAUCUAUACCCGGUGAUCACUGGAGGUAUCCCUGAGACCACAGAGUUGCUCACUCAGAGAUUUGACCACAUCUUGUACACGGGGAGCACAGGUGUGGGGAAGAUUGUCAUGGCAGCUGCUGCUAAACACCUGACCCCUGUCACACUGGAGCUGGGAGGCAAGAGCCCUUGCUAUGUGGACAAGGAUUGUGAUUUGGAUGUGGCCUGCCGACGCAUUGCCUGGGGGAAAUUCAUGAACAGUGGCCAGACCUGUGUGGCCCCUGACUACAUCCUCUGUGACCCCUCGAUCCAGAACCAAAUUGUGGAGAAGCUCAAGAAGUCACUGAGAGAGUUCUAUGGGGAGAAUGCCAAGCAGUCCCGUGACUAUGGAAGAAUUGUCAGUGACCGGCACUUCCAGAGAGUGAUAAGCCUGAUUGAGGGCCAGAAAGUGGCCCACGGGGGCACCUGGGAUGCGGCUUCUCGCUACAUAGCCCCCACUAUCCUCAUUGACGUGGACCCGCAGUCCCCGGUGAUGCAGGAGGAGAUCUUUGGGCCGGUGAUGCCUAUUGUGUGUGUGCGCAGCCUGGAGGAGGCCAUCCAGUUCAUCAACCAGCGCGAGAAGCCGCUGGCUCUCUACGUUUUCUCCAACAAUGACAAGGUCAUUAAGAAGAUGAUUGCGGAGACAUCGAGCGGUGGAGUGACGGCCAACGAUGUCAUUGUUCAUAUCACUGUGCACUCUCUGCCCUUUGGGGGCGUGGGGUACAGUGGUAUGGGGGCCUACCACGGCAAGAAGAGCUUCGAGACCUUCUCUCACCGCCGUUCUUGCCUGGUGAGGUCUCUGCGGAACGAUGAAGUCCACAAGGCCAGAUACCCCCCAAGCCCAGCCAAGAUGCCCCGGCACUGAGGAGGGUUGCUUUGCCUGGCUAGUUCAUGCUGUGCUCCAAUGGAGGGUAGAUGUCCUCAUUUGCUUUCCUGCCCCUUGAAGCAUUGCCUCUGGGAGACCCCAGACUUGACCUCUUGCUCCUCAGCCAACCCAAUCAACCUGACUCUAAGAUGGACCCUGGGCCUUCCCUUUCCAAGCAGUGCCCCUUGCUAGA